AUGCUGGACGGUGCUGCUGUUAUUAUGGACGGUGAUGAACUCCCUCCGGAAGAGUUUGGAGAGGAACACGGCUGGCGUUCCGCCGCGGUGAAGAAAAGCUCGAGGCGCACGAACGCCAGUGCUACAGAGCGUGCCACGGCUUGCGGCGAGAAUGCCAGGGGCAAUUUCAGUGCUACAAGAAAAGCUCUACACUUGAAGAAUCAAGUUAUCAAAUCAUCGAGAAUGCCUCGACUGCCUAGCGAGCACUGGAAGAUUAUCGUCCGUCCAAGGGGUGGCUUGGAUGUCGAGAAGGCGGGCUCAGCUAGACUUGGCCGGGCAAUCGCAGAGGCGGCUGGAAUUGUACCCACGCUCAUCAGUCAGGACAUUGUCUGCCCGAAUGCAACGCAAAAUAUCAUAGUUAUUAGCACGGCGUCCCGUGCGAACGCUGACUCUUACCUCAGGAUGAGCUGCCUUACAUUGGGAAUGAAGAAGUAUGACAUCAACACUUACGAGGCUGCCCCGCAUGAGACCUGCAAGGGGGUCAUCCGUAAGAUUGACGCAUCGGAGAGCCAGACGGAGCUGGAGAGGAGCAUCCUUACUGAAAGAAACCCCACGGCUCUGGGAGUCAGACGUAUUAAGAACACUGAGACGGUGGUUAUUGUCUUCGAUGGCUACAAAGUUCCCAACUUCAUUUAUUUCGGCACAGCGCUGGUCAGAUGCUCGCUUUACCAUCGGCAGCAUGACUGCUGCUAUGCCUGUGGCAGACUCGGGCACAGGGCGGACGUCUGUCCGACACCGGACGAAGCUGUGUGCAAGAGGUGCGGAAUCAACAACCCUGAUGAGAACCAUCAAUGUUCCCCGACCUGUGGAUUCUGUGGCGGCCCACACGCCACGACGGAUAAAAGUUGCCAGCAAAGGUUUCAGCUUCCAUUUAUUGUGCGAAGGCGGCGAAGAGAGCGCCGUGCGGAAUCAGAGCGUCGUAGUCAGCAAACGGUACCUGCUAACGCCGACGAGGGUGUGAGCCAGCCUGCACACCGCAACUCCAGUUCAAACAGUCGUUCUGCUGCAACUGGGGUGGACAGCCGUGACUCAUCGCAACAGGCAAGCAGUCGGUCCAGAUCCAGAUCUCGGUCCAGAAGUCGCUCCCAAGGCCAGCGAAAGGGAACUUCGUCUAAAGGCCGAGCCAAGUCCCGGUCCAGAGAUCGUCGUCGGUCCCAAUCCAGAGGCCCAUCGCACUCGAGGAGCCAGUCCAGGGACCCGCAUGGCACAGUCCGUUUCCAAAGCCCACCCCAACCGGAGAUGCAGGGUGGCUCCUGGGCUGACCGGGUGCGCGGCGGAGGAGGUGAAAAGGUAACGGGAGGCACUGCGCCAGAGCAUGGUCUAGCGGAGCUAAAUCAGCUUAGGAAGGAGAAUGCCGAAAUGCGCAGCAUUAUUGAGUCGCUGAGAGCCGAAAUGGCUGAGCUUAGACGUGUCAGUACAUCUCAAGCUACUCUGGCAUCUGCUUCUCCGUGUGAAGGUUCUCCCUCUCCUCAACCCAUGGAGGUUCCCAUGGUCGUGGAAGCGGGCCCCUCGGGUAACCCAGCCAAGCCGUAUACCCGUGGACGUCUCUCUGUGCAGAGGGAGCUUGCACAGAAGGCCGGAGAUAUCGAAUCCAUCGCCAGACUCCGGAGUUUGGGGGUGUUUUUCUUCGAGUCCCAAACUUGGCUUCGCUUCCCGUCGGAGUGCGCGACGGUACAGGCACCGCCGAAGAGGAGGGUGGAGAGUGCUGCGGCGGGCGUCGGGCAAACAAGCCGCGGUGUCGGCCAGAGAGGACCCAGCACACGUCGUGGCAGCAGUGGCGCGGCCGGUGCGGCGGCGGCCAGGCGCACCCGUGCGUGUCAGAAGCCCGCGCCGUGUGCGGCCAUGUGGAGCGCCGGUCUCGUCUCCGUCUUCUGGGCCCUGGCCAACGGCCUCGAGUUGGAGCUUGCCGAGCGCUGGUACGGGCGGCCCUGUUGCCAGCGAGCUCGACUGGAAGGAUGUCGCCGUGCAUGCCUGCAGGCACGCUCAGCUGACGACCUGGAACCUUGGUGUCGACGAAGCGACGAGCUUGACCUGCAGGUGUGCCUCGAAGGCCGUAGCGGGCUGGGCGCUUUGCAGCGGACGGGCCGGCGUGGCCUGGAGAGCUGCUGCGCCCUGGCCAGUACGGCAGCCUGCCGCCGUCGCGCGUGCAACAGAGCGCGGAGUGAACAGCGGACGAACGAGAAGGGACACAGGGAUCUCAUGAGACUGCAGCAGCAGCACAGGCAAGAAGAGGGACAGCCGUGCGCCGAGCCCCAAGUGGUACGGUGCCUGCGGAACGUCACAUCUACCAAGCAGCCACACAAGCUUCACUGCUGUGCCCAAGCACCGAGCGGACAAUGUCGCGACGCGUGCCUGCGAGUGCUGCGCCCGAAGGAAGUCGCACCCGAUGACGUCACCGGUGAUGAAGAUGCCGUGGAUGCUCUGCUGGCCGGAGGGUGUGCGGCGCCAGGUUUGCACGAGCGCCUGUGGCAGUGUCUUCUCGGCUGGCGCAGCGGACCCUCCUCGCAGCUGCUGCCGGCUGACGGAGCCAAGCUGCAGUGCUGUCUCAGGGCCGCCACAAUCGAGUGCCAGAGGAUGUGUUUGCGGGCGUUUGGAUCCGAGUGGGAGACCUCGUGGGAGACCUUCCACAACCGCUGCCGCUACCAGCCAGCCGAAGCUGCCCUGCGACAGUGCCUUGACGACGUGGACGAGCCAUGCGAGUUGGGUUGCGGAGGACCUCUGACUUUCUGCGCACACCUGGGAGCCAGGCCGUGGUCGCUGUACCGGCGAUGCGACGCCAGCGCCGACCGUGUGGCGAGGGAGAGCGCCCGGCUGUGGAUGCGCAGCGGACCGCCGACGGCGAUGGAGAGCGGCGUGCGGCGGGAGGACCCAACUGCGCCCUUGGGUGACUGUCCCGCGGACGCGUGGAGAGAGCUCGCCUGCACGCUCAACCUCAGGCCGUGCCACGCGACGCACCACUCGAGCACGCUCUGCAGGGAGGAGUGCCUGGCCCUGGCUGCUCGCUGUAAAGACGGACGCCAGCUGGCACCUCUGUGCGACUCCCUGGCUCCUCCCGGGGCUGCCUGCUUCUCGAUUCUCCGGGUGGACACACAGCGAACAACAACGCCACCGGUGGCUGAGUCUGCGACGCAACCGUGCAGAUCGCGGCCUUGCGGAAGCUCGUCCAUCUGCGUCGUGAACAGGCAUUGCGGUCCGGGACAGUCGUGCAGCAAGUACCGCUGUCUCAAAGGCUGCCCCGUGGGGUCUUCGUCGGGAACAUUGGUGCCUCAGGGCUCACCUGCGCGGCUGCCGCGCGUCGAAGGCGGCCGACUCUGCUGGAGCCGGUGCCGUUGCUCCGAGUCGGGUGCCUUGACCGAAUGCCUUCACACCGGCUGCGAUGACGCCACACCGAAGCAGUGCUGGCUGGAUGGGCGUGCCCGCUCGCCGGGGAGCCGCUUCCUGGUACACGGCUGCUUACGCUGUCGCUGCGACAACUCCGGCCACAUCAGCUGCACCAGAAAAGCUCACAACUGUCUUCUCCAUGACGCUCCCUGCGGCUGCCGUCCUGAAGACGACGAGGAAGAAGUGGUCUGUGGAGUCGACGGACGUACACACCGCAGCGCCUGCCUGGCCCGCUGUGCUGGUCUCUCCGAUGGCCAGUGGGAGCCGGGUCCCUGCCACCACACAAACCCGUGUGCAAGGCGACCUUGCCCAGCGGGAGCUCCCGUGUGCGUGGCCUGGAGACACGCCUGUCUGGGUCCGUGCAAGCAGUUCAUCUGCGUCGGCAACGCCACAGGCGGGCAUUGCCGCGGCAGUGGUCCCGUUUGCGACACAGAGGGUCGGGAGCAUCCGAACGUGUGCGCACUGAUGUCGCAACGCGACGGGGACCCAAACACGUGGCUGGCGCACCUCGGUCCCUGCGAACCUGGGUGCCGUAGGCGAGGCUCCGUGUGCGGCAUAGACGGCGAGACGUACGCCAGUGAAUGCGCUGCCUGGGCGCAGAGGGUCCUGGUAGACUACCGCGGACCAUGUCUACACAGACAAGCGAAGGAAGGUUGCCACCAGGUGCACUGUCCCAUUGUGCCGCCUGGUGGCUGCCAAGCGAUGCUGGUGCGUCUUCCUGGUACCUGUUGUUCACACUGCGGUUGGGGCUUGCGGCUGGUUCUGGGAAGACCCUGGCGCAAUGGUAGCAGCGACCACAAGGAAGAGAGGUCAUUGUCCGAGCUCCUGUGGUGGCUGCGCACGCAACUGUCCAGCACCCAGUGUGACUUGUUCGGCCACCUGGAUCCCGCGCUUCCCGAUUUCCUCGUGGUGCUCGUGGUGCCAACGUCGUGGCCUGCCUCGUGGACCCUCUGUCGCGCCGAGGCGCAGCGCCUGGACGCCUUGGUGCGCGUACGAAGUCCGGCACUCUUUAGCCUCCUGCCCAUGGAAGUGGUGGCUGGGUCUGCGGGACUGCUGGAUGAAAGCGUGGAACAUGCAUCGUCAGCGCCUGGUGUCGGAGGACUCGUCAAGAACGCGUCGUUCUGGACCCUUCUGCUGCUGUCUUUGUUGUUAGCGGCUGCUUCGUGUCCAGCAUCACUGACCGGACUGCAGCUCGUAGGCAUGGCGGCUGUGUUCUAUCGACACCUGUCAGUGCCGGCGCUGCACAUGACGUCGCUUGAGAGAACUAUGAGCUAUCAACGGACAAUUAGUGAGAAAGUGUGGUAGCAGCAGUGAUCGGUGGACAAAACGCGGAAAGUGUGAAGCGUAGCUUGAACAAUGCGUAUUAACGAGAAAACGCUUCUCACAGAUCUAACAUCAGAGAUAGGUUUAUACUCUUAGUUUUGUGUUCCUUAGCAAGGAGUCUUUCAAGUCUUACUCUUUGCAUCUUCUGCGCAAGCGCCCAUGAAGACCGAAUUAGCACACCAAAGAGAACCUUUCACUCAUUGAAUUGCCCACUAUCGAUUUGGAACGGUCUCUCGCACCAAGACUUUGUCAUUGCGCUCAACAGAGGAGGUAGAUGCGUCUCUACAACUUGCCAUAGCAUGUGUUUCAUUUGGUGUGGUGUACCUGCUUACUGAUGUUGUGCGAGUAUCAGAAGUCAUCAGAAGCUCACUGUUAAAAGGGGUCAGAUUGUGUGCCCUGGAGCACAUGUGGGAAUACCUCUGCUGCCGGAACCUUUGUGGCAUUUCAUCUGGUAACUGCAAAGAGUAGCCAUAGAAGGAAUCCACGUUUGACUAUUGACUCGUGCUACAUGGCUUUCUAUUGGCCUCUUUUUUUUUUGGUUACACAUAUAUUUUGCUUUUAUUUUUCAAGAUGGUGCAAUAGUAUACCAAAGAUAAUCUUGAUUUGGUGGUUGUUUGCAUUCUGUUAUCUGCGACAAGAUGCGCGCAUGUUUUAGAGCAAGAAAAAAAAUUAUGUUAUUGGUUGUAA